CCUGGCGGCGCUCGUGAUCGCCACAUCACGCAGGAAAUAGAAGAACCUCCAUCACCCUCCUGUGAGAGGAGCCUCGUUGUGCCGGAGCAUCCUCCCUGCUCCACAUCGCUCAUGACUACCGACUAGGAUUACUCAUUUACACACAAGCCGAGGGACAAAAGGACAGUAAAAUGGCGAAACGCCGUCCAGACAGAGACAGCUGGGGGUCCCUCAGUGACAAAAACGUCUACGACUGGAGCUCAGAGGACGAGGAGCAGGACGGACGGGCCAGGCCCGUGCAGGUACUGUUGGUCAAAGACGACCACACCUUCGAGCUGGACGAGGCGGCGCUGAGUCGCAUCCUGCUGUCUGAGAAGGUCAGGGAUCGCGAAGUGGUGGCCAUCUCUGUGGCGGGGGCUUUCCGCAAGGGCAAGUCCUUCCUCAUGGACUUCAUGCUGCGCUACAUGUACAACCAUGCGUCUGACGUCUGGCUUGGAGAUGCAAACGAGCCUCUGACGGGCUUCUCCUGGAGGGGCGGCUCAGAGAGGGAGACCACAGGGAUCCAGAUCUGGAGCGAGGUCUUUCUUGUGGACAAACCCGACAAGACAAAGGUGGCUGUGUUGCUAAUGGAUACGCAGGGCACGUUUGACAGCCAGUCCACGCUGAGGGAUUCGGCCACCGUGUUUGCACUGAGCACCAUGAUAAGCUCUAUGCAGGUUUACAACAUCUCACAGAAUAUACAAGAGGAUGAUCUUCAGCACCUACAGCUUUUUACGGAGUAUGGUAGACUAGCAAUGGAGGAGACCUUUCUCAAGCCCUUCCAGUCCAUGAUUUUCCUGGUUCGUGACUGGAGUUUUCCAUACGAGUUCCCUUAUGGACAGGAAGGAGGCAUGAAGUUCCUUGAGAAAAGACUAAAGAUCUCAGAAAAUCAGCACGAAGAGCUGCAGAAUGUACGGAAACACAUCCACUCCUGCUUCACCAACAUCUCCUGCUUCUUGAUGCCCCACCCUGGCCUCAAGGUGGCCACCAACCCACACUUUGAUGGAAGAAUUAAAGAGAUUGAUGGUGAGUUUAUAAACAACCUGAAACUUCUGGUGCCCUGGCUCCUUAGUCCAGGUAACAUCGACGUGAAGGAGAUCAACGGCAGCAAAAUCACCUGCCGAGGCCUGGUGGAGUACUUCAAGGCAUACAUCAAAAUUUACCAAGGUGAGGAGCUGCCACAUCCAAAGUCAAUGCUGCAGGCCACUGCAGAGGCAAAUAAUUUAGCAGCCGUUGCAGCUGCAAAGGAUUUAUACAACAAAAAAAUGGAGGAGGUCUGUGGAGGUGAUCGGCCCUUCUUGGCCCCCAGCGAGCUGCAGGCCCGACACGGUGUCAUCAGAGAGGAGGCCCUGCAGCUCUUCCGGGGCGUGAAGAAGAUGGGAGGCGAGGAGUUCAGCCGCCGCUACCUGCAGCAGCUUGAAGGAGAAAUUGACGAGGUGUUCGUUCAGUACAUCAAGCACAAUGACUCCAAGAACAUUUUCCAUGCGGCCCGCACGCCGGCCACCCUGUUUGUGGUCAUCUUUGUCAUGUACGUGGCGGCGGGGAUCACGGGCUUCGUGGGUGUGGACAUCAUCGCCAGCUUGUGUAACAUGAUCCUCGGCCUGGCGCUGAUCACCCUCUGCACCUGGGCCUACAUCCGUUACUCCGGGGAGUACAGGGAACUGGGCGCCGUCAUCGACCAGGUGGCUGGGGCGCUGUGGGACCAGGGGAGCACCAAUGAGGUAAGUGCCCUGUACAAGCUGUAUAACGUAGCGGCCAACCACCGGCACCUGUACCACCACGCCUUCCCGGGACGUCGGGUGGACGAGGCGGCCGAGGAGCAGGACAAGAAAAGGGACUGACGAGCUGAAGACGGAACUCAGCAGAGACCUUUUCAGGAUGGAAACUCCUUUAACUUUAAUCUGUGUAACAAACUGUAUAAUACUCACACACCUGUAACGUCAGCGCUCCUCGGACACGUGUACAGAUACUGUAGGCUGGAGGAGACGGCCGCCAGUCAGCUGUUUGUUUCAUAUCACACAUUUUCAAUCCUUUUCUUUUUGUUUGCACUCAGAUCUGUAAAAUCCUCAUAUGUUCUGUUUGAAGUUUCGUGAUUUAUAACGAACAUUAUCUAUGAAAGCCAAAAUCUGUACUGUGUUGAAUAACGAAGCAGCAUCAUGUGCAUGGUUAAUGUCUCAUCUUUAAGCUCUGAAAUCAGGUAUAGUUUAUCUUUUUUAUUUAAAAAAAAGCCUAUUGGUUGUAACAAUGUGGUAUUGUGCCAUAAACUGUAAAAGUAUUUCUCACCUACGCUCUCAUGAAGUCACUCAGUAGCACAUUUAUUUGUCACAGAGGUUUGAUUAUGUCCAGGCACAACAAUGGAGUCAAAGUUUACACAUUAUCCUCUCUGUAGUCUGCUUUGUAAUUCCGCAGCCUCCGGGUGAGCCGCUGUUUGGUUUCCGUUCUCACCAGAAGGGUUUGUUUCAUCUUUCUGAAACGUUCGAGAGAAAAUCAGAGGAACGCAGCUGCUCCCGUGGCCAACGAGGAAUCAAAGCCUAGCUGGGCGUGGCCGGCUUUGGGAAAAAGGAUCCUCAUUCCAGAUCGGUCUCAACAACCCGGCACGUGUAACCUGAAUCGUCCGUGCUGGAACUGUUGACAGGGAAACAGCAGCUUGCAUUUUGGUGUGUUGAUCUGCCGUUUUUAGCUUUAUCAGCAUCCCACAUGAAGCUUAAAAGUGUUUUAUUGCAUCCCCAUAAAGGAACGCUGUCCCUUCCUAUAUAACAAGUUCACGGUGAGGUUUGACCUCAAUGGUUGAAGACCUAAACGCGGCUCCUUGGGUCUUCCACAGUGUAUAAUCAGCAUUACAGAGGCAUCCAAAAAAAACAACAUUUUAGUCCGGUUUACGGCUCGUGAUCCUUUUUAUGGUGAAUGUUUUGGGUGUUGUAUCCAUUCAUGAGUCAGAAACGUAUUUGUUCACAUUGUGUAGCAAAGUUUGCUUUGAAAAGGGAAUAUUUUACUGAAUUUAUCUUACAGUUGCCCUUAAUGACCCUGAAGCCCUUUGAGGCCUCGGCAUGCUGAACGGUGAAGUGAACCAGCUCUGCUUAGCUUCAACACACCGACUUCAGUUACAGAAAACAAAUAAAGUUGGACCAAAUUAAUCAAA